GCCGUGAGGCUUGAGGUGGUCGUAUGGAAAUAGGCAUAAUAGAGACUUCGGAAGUUCCUUCGUGAGAACAGAAACCUACUGCACGCGCGGUUCGAGCACGUCGGGCCUCAGGAGUCAGUCCCGCGUCUCCAACCCCCAUUCACGCAACCGUGGUUGGGCCGGCCCCAGGCGGUGCGCGUGGCUCUCGGAACCCUUGUGUUGGGGAUGUUUAGCUGGAGGGACCGGAAAGGGGGCGGGCCCCUUCCGUCACGAUGUGGGGAGGCCGCCCGCUAAGCUGCGGGAAUCGGCUCCUAGGAGUGCUUGGGUCGAGGUGCCGGGGCGCACGAGCUCAGGCUGCUCGCUUCACCGGUCGGGCAGAGAUUCAGUUCAAUUGGACUCCACAAACUAAACCAUGGGUUUUCAGUGAUUACAGAAUCAUGUGGUUCAAAUCCUAUAGAAUGACUUUUGCCUGCUUGAGUAGAAUGAAAAUUCACAGAUUUUAUUUUAUUUAUUUAUUCAUGAGAGACACCUGGAGAGAGUCAGAGACAAAGGCAGAGGGACAGCCCGGCUCCUCGCAAGUGUGGGACUUGAUCCCGGGAUCAGGAUCACACCCUGAGCCAAAGGCAGACGCUCAACUGCUGAGCCACCCAGGCGUUCCAAAGUACCCUUGGACAAGACUAUACAGUACUUCUCAAACUACUGUAGACAGCAACGAGAUAAAAACAUUCCUGGCCCUGGCUCAUAGGUGGUGGGAUGAACAAGGAGUAUAUGCACCUCUUCAUUCUAUGAAUGACCUGAGGGUGCCAUUUAUUAGAGACAAUCUUUUAAAAACAGUUGCUCAUCACCAGCCAGGAAAACCAUUGUCUGGGAUGAAGAUACUUGACGUUGGCUGUGGUGGUGGAUUGUUAACUGAACCUCUAGGGCGGCUUGGAGCUUCAGUUAUUGGAAUCGAUCCUGUGGAUGAGAACAUUAAGACAGCACAGCACCAUAAAUCAUUUGAUCCAGUCCUAGAUAAGAGAAUAGAGUACAGAGUGGGUUCCCUGGAAGAGAUUGUGCAAGAGACAGCAGAAACAUUUGAUGCCGUUGUAGCUUCCGAAGUUGUAGAACAUGUGAUUGAUCUAGAAACAUUUAUACAGUGCUGCUGUGAAGUGUUAAAACCUGGUGGUUCUUUAUUCAUUACUACAAUCAACAAAACACAGCUGUCUUACGCCUUGGGAAUUGUUUUUGCAGAGCAAAUUGCAGGUAUUGUACCAAAAGGUACUCAUACAUGGGAGAAGUUUAUUUCACCUGAAAAGCUAGAGAGCAUUCUGGAAUCAAAUGGUCUAUCAGUUCAAACUGUGACAGGAAUGCUCUACAACCCCCUCUCAGGUUACUGGAAUUGGAGUGAAAAUACCAGCCUUAACUAUGCAGCUCACGCUGUGAAAUCCAAGGCACAGGAACACCCAGUACCUGCUGAGUUUGUUUUUAAGGGGGAAACAGAAGAGCUCAGAGACAAAGACUCCACAGACUCCACCAACCCAGGUGUACAGGAAGAGUUGAAGAAAUGAAUUGUUUCCAAGGACUGCAUAAUACUGCUUGAAAGUCUGAUGUUUA